UGUUCGGAUAAUGUGACAACAGUUUGAUAUCACCGCGAACUGGUGUCAAAGAACCCGAAAGCGAAGCGAAGAUCCGAACAUCGCGAAGCUCGCUCCGCCACCGUGUCAAUAUCCGGUUUAGAUUUUCAAAGUAAGGGUUAGGUUUUCCAGAGGGACGGAAGGUGUAGAAAUGAGUCGUAAUGUGGAUUACGACUCAUUUCCCAAUUAACACGCCAAAUGAAUCUGAUUAAGGCACGUGGAGAAGCGUCCAUCACAUUUAAAAGUAGCCUCAGACUUUAGUAACAGUCAAUUCACUUUAAUUUACGAACUCUUAAUGUUAACUGCCACUAUGACUGUUAAAUAAGAUGCAGGAUGUAUUUAUAACAAGUAUAUAUCAAUGUCCAACCUUUACUUUAGGUUAUAUCACAUCCUGUGUUUAAUGUGUAUGUUAUCCGUGGCAGCUGGAAGAAGACAAAGAUAAUUUAUAGGUCAUUGUGACAUAAAGCAUUGCCUAAUAUGUCAAAGUACUCGCUGAGGUUUCAUGUGACCCCUCCCCCUCUCUUGUGACCUUUAACCCCUGAUCUUUGUAGUAAAGCUCUGCAGAGGGGACAAUGCAGGGUUUAACUUUAGAAAUGAGACGACAGCGUGACGCACAAACCAGAGUGUGUGUUCAAGUGUUUCAUCUGGCUGACAUUAUGAAGCUCCAGUGAGGCGUGUCGGAGCGUUCCCGUCUCUCCGUGUUCUCCAUGGAGCGUCUCUGUUGUCGCUCCUUCCCGCUCCUUCUCUGUGAGGAUUCCAUCGGACUGGGAACCCUGCAGGUUUUCAUUAUAGCCGCCUCGAGCCUGAUUUACACUUCAGAGACCAGGUGACUAUCAUAAAGUAGCGUUUCUUUGUGUGCCGAGCGGUUGAGCUGCGGCUCGGCUGCGUGACCUUCAGGACUCUGUUGUGUUCACGCCUCGCUGUGGGCAACACGCUGUCAACACGCUGUCAACACGCUGCCUGUUCUUUCAUCAUGUGGAGCCGGUCUGGAGAGUCUCAUGCUUUUAUUUUGAAGGUGAGCCGUUGAAACGGAAGUGGAUGUUUGGAGCUUGACGUGAGCUCCGUGUUUCUCGGUGCUGUUGUUCGGCUCGUGCUCGUGUCUGCAGGAGUUAAAUGACACGUGACCUCUGAAGUUAAACCUGAAGCAACAGGAACUGGUUUGAUCCGCCGCCGGCGGGUCGCCGCUUGCCUGUGACGUCACAGUGUUAGGUGGAGAUUAUGUGGUGACCUCACCUGGAUCCACAACAACACAGACAAGGUGGGAGACGAGCUGCACGGCACCAUGACCCAGAGCCGCUGAGGGCCGGAGCCGCUGAGGGCCGGAGCCGCUGAGGGUCGGAACCGCUGAGGGCCGGAGCCGCUGUGAGGAAUGAGAGCGGCGGCCCGAGGGAAGGCCCACCUGCCAGCUGUAGCUCGUAUGCGCGUGUGAUGCCCAGGCGGGGGGUACCGCUCCAGGGCCGGGUCCGCUGGCUCCUCCUGGGCCUCUUCCUGCUGCUGGUGCUGCUGCUGUUGGCUUACCUGCUGGAGUGCACCCCCCCGGCUGCCGACGUGGGCCCGGCGCCGCCCGGUGUGGCGGGAGAGACCUACGGGAAGGAGCACCACCAGGCGCUGCUGCAGGAGCAGGAGGAGCGCCACCUGAGCCGGGCCGCCAGCCUCAAGCGCCAGAUCGCCCAGCUCAAGCAGGAGCUGCAGGAGAUGGGCGAGAAGAUGAAGCUCCUGCAGGAGAAGAAGGAGCUCCCCGGGGCGGGGCCGGGCCCGGCGGAGCCCAAAGACCAGGAGCCCGGAGACCUGCUGGAGUACCUGCACUCCCAGAUCGACAAGGCGGAGGUGAACGGCGGCGCCCGGCUGCCCAGCGAGUACGCCCUGGUGCCCUUCGAGAGCUUCACCUCGUCCAAGGUGUACCAGCUGGAGACGGGCCUGACCCGGCACCCGGAGGAGAAGCCGGUCCGCAAAGACCGGCGGGACGAGCUGGUGGAGGUCAUGGAGGCGGCGCUGGACAUCAUCAACAACCCCGACGAGGAGGACGGCGUGGAGGAGGACGCGCCCAUGCAGAGGCGGACCUACGCCGAGGGCCACUUCACCGAAGGCCUGUACCGGACGGAGCGCGACAAGGGGACCCUCUACGAGCUCUUCUUCGCCAAGCAGGACUCCAGCAGCUUCCGCCACGUCACCCUCUUCCGGCCCUUCGGCCCCCUGAUGAAGGUCCGCAGCGCGGCGGUGGAAACGGCCGCCAUGGUCAUCCACGUCAUCGUGCCGCUGGCGGGCCGCGUGGACACGUUCUCACAGUUCUUGCACAACUUCAGGGAGGUGUGCGUCCAGCAGGACCGCCGGGUCCACCUCACCGUGGUCUACUUCGGGCCGGACGGUCUGCGGGAGGUGAAGUCGUCUUUGGAGAAGAUGUCGAGGGAGGAGAGCUUCUCCAACUACACGCUGGUCCCCGUGGACGAGGAGUUCUCCCGGGGGCGGGGCCUGGACAUCGGCGCCCACGCCUGGAAGCAAGGCGACGUCUUGAUGUUCUUCUGCGACGUGGACAUUCACUUCACGCCCGACUUCCUGAACACGUGCCGCCUGCACGCCGCCCCCGCUGCUCACCUGUGUGCAGGUAAGAAGGUGUUCUACCCGGUGGUGUUCAGCCUCUACAACCCGGCCAUCGUCUACGGGAACAUGGAGCUGGCUCCGCCCACUGAACUCCAGCUGAUCCACAAGAAGGACGCCGGCUUCUGGAGAGACUUCGGCUUCGGCAUGACGUGCCAGUAUCGCUCCGAUUUCCUGAAUAUUGGUGGGUUUGACCUGGAGGUCAAAGGCUGGGGCGUGGAGGACGUGCACCUGUACAGGAAGUACCUGCGCAGCGAGCUGAUCGUGACGCGCGCGCCGGUGUGCGGCCUCUUCCACCUGUGGCACGAGAAGCGCUGCGCCGACGAGCUGACGCCGGAGCAGUACCGCAUGUGCAUCCAGUCCAAGGCCAUGAACGAGGCCUCGCACUCGCACCUGGGCAUGCUCGUGUUCCGGGACGAGAUCGAGGCGCACCUCCGCAAGCAGGCCUUCAAGACGCAGACCAAGAGCGAGGGCUGAGGAGCCCCGCCCCCACAGCUGGAGACCACAUGAAUGUAUGGACGCCGCUCCACGCCCACGCAACUGAUAUUCAACUCGCUGGAUGAGAACGAAUAUUCUCCAUCCCGUGGAGUCAGGUGACACACACACCUGGAGCCAGCUCCUUCACCCCCUCAAUAAGAGCAAACACAACCAGCUGUUGGUGUGAAGAGCCAGAACUAAAGUGUCAUAAGUCCAACGAUAGAACUACUUAUUUACUGUUGACAAGAGGAACAAGUUGCACUUUCCAGGAGGAGCAGAACUCCGACAGUCGAGUGGAGCGUCUCUCUGCAGUAUGAAGUCGUGAUUAUAUUUAUAGCUGGCACCGUGGUGACACAGAAAAGGGAACUUUGUUUCCUGAGUCACUCUCUUCCUUUGAGGACGGUUUAUUACCAGAAGCAUGAUGUAAUCAUUUAAUAAAGAGGUUAGCUUAUAGCAUGCGGCGCUAUUAACAUGAACAAGCAGUCCUUCCUGCCGUGACAGGUCCUCGUGUAAAUACCGUCUCUAAAGCUGCGCUCGGUCCCUCAUGAGGCGAGUCGUGCUUCAUUCCCGGCUCAGUUAUCCGCGCUUCUCUUCCUGUAUUCCAAUUCUUGUUUUUGCUAAUACUUUACAGCACAUUUGUAGACGUGCGUUUGUCCUGCAGGAGAAAUGUUCCACGACGGAGGAGAACGUGAGGAAAUAGUUUAUUUAGACAUUUUGGCCAUUAAAUAAAACUUCCUGCAUUAA